GUCAGAGCUUACUGAGGAAGCCAACAGGAACCCUCCAGAGCACCCGGCUCACUGUCAGGCGUGCCCGCCCUCUGGGUGCGGGAACCAGGAAGCCGGGGUCAGAGCCCCUCGGGAGGGAGCGGCAAGUGGGGAGGGCAGCCCCUCCCUGGGACCAGAACCCACUUCCUACUUCACCGCACCGCUCGGAGGUGGCCCGGAGGGCUGAGCCUGCUCGGAGCACCCUCCCUUCCACCCUUGUGCACAGGAAGGCCGGGCUAACCUGGCCUGGGUGCCUCCCGACAGCAGGAUGGACGAGGAAGGGCCGGAGUGCGGCAAACCCGACUUUGUGCUUUUGGACCAAGUGACCAUGGAGGACUUCAUGGAGAACCUCAAGCUCAGGUUCGAGAAGGGCCGCAUCUACACCUACAUCGGCGAGGUGCUGGUGUCCGUGAACCCCUACCAGGAGCUGCCCCUGUAUGGGCCUGAGGCCAUCGCCAAGUACCAGGGCCGCGAGCUCUAUGAGCGGCCACCACACCUCUAUGCUGUGGCCAAUGCCGCCUACGGGGCGAUGAAACGCCGCUCCAGGGACACCUGCAUCGUCAUCUCAGGGGAGAGUGGGGCAGGGAAGACGGAAGCCAGCAAGCACAUCAUGCAGUACAUCGCCGCUGUCACCAACCCCAGCCAGAGGGCCGAGGUGGACAGGGUCAAGGACGUGUUGCUCAAGUCCACGUGCGUGCUGGAGGCCUUCGGGAACGCGCGCACCAACCGCAACCACAACUCCAGCCGCUUCGGCAAGUACAUGGACAUCAACUUCGACUUUAAAGGGGACCCCAUCGGGGGUCACAUUCACAGCUACCUGCUGGAGAAGUCUCGAGUCCUCAAGCAGCACGUGGGUGAACGGAACUUCCAUGCCUUCUACCAGGUGCUGCGGGGCUGUGAGGACGCAGAGCUGCGGAACCUGCACCUGCAGAGGAACCCGGCCGUGUACAACUUCACUCGGCAGGGCGCAGGGCUCAGUGCCUUGGAGAGCGACGAGAGGAGCCACUACCUGGCAGUGAUGGAAGCCAUGCGGGUGAUCGGCUUCAGUGCUGAGGAAGUGGGCUCUGUGCACCGGAUCCUGGCAGCCAUACUGCAUCUGGGAAACAUCGAGUUUGUGGAGACGGAGGCGGCCGGGCCGGAGCAGGGGCACCUGGCCGUGGCUGAGGAGCUGCUGGUGGACCAUGUGGCCGAGCUGACGGCCACGCCCCGGGACUUGGUGCUGCGCUGCCUGCUGUCUCGUACGGUGGCCUCCGGAGGCAGGGAACUCAUUGAGAAGGGCCACACUGCGGCGGAGGCCAGCUAUGCCCGGGACGCCUGUGCCAAGGCAGUGUACCAGCGGCUGUUUGAGUGGGUGGUGAACCGGAUCAACGGUGUCAUGGAAACCCGGGGCCGGGACCCCCGGCGAGACGGCAAGGACACGGUCAUCGGUGUGCUGGACAUCUACGGCUUUGAGGUGUUCCCUGUCAACAGCUUCGAGCAGUUCUGCAUCAACUAUUGCAACGAGAAGCUGCAGCAGCUCUUCAUCCAGCUCAUCCUGAAGCAGGAGCAGGAGGAGUACGAGCGGGAGGGCAUCGCCUGGCAGAGCGUGGACUACUUCAACAACGCCACCAUCGUGGAGCUGGUGGAGCGGCCCCACCGCGGCGUGCUGGCCGUGCUGGACGAGGCCUGCAGCGCCGCGGGCACCAUCACCGACCGCAUCUUCCUGCAGAGCCUGGACACCCACCACCGCCACCACCCGCACUACACCAGCCGCCAGCUCUGCCCUACAGACAAGACCAUGGAGUUUGGCCGAGACUUCCGGAUCAAGCACUACGCGGGGGACGUCACGUACUCGGUGGAGGGCUUCAUCGACAAGAACAGAGACCACCUCUUCCAAGACUUCAAGCGGCUGAUGUACAACAGCUCGGACCCCACCCUGCGGGCUAUGUGGCCGGACGGGCAGCAGGACAUCACGGAAGUGACCAAGCGCCCCCUGACGGCUGGCACGCUCUUCAAGAACUCCAUGGUGGCUCUAGUAGAAAACCUGGCCUCCAAGGAGCCCUUCUAUGUCCGCUGCAUCAAGCCCAAUGAGGACAAGAUGGCUGCCAGGCUGGACGAGGACCACUGUCGCCACCAGGUCGUGUACCUGGGGCUGCUGGAGAAUGUGCGGGUGCGGAGGGCUGGCUUCGCUUCCCGCCAGCCCUACCCUCGAUUCCUGCUCAGGUACAAGAUGACCUGUGAGUACACGUGGCCCAAUCACCUGCUGGGCUCUGACAGGGCAGCCGUGAGUGCCCUCCUGGAGCAGCAUGGGCUGCAAGGGGACGUGGCGUUCGGCCACACCAAGCUCUUCAUCCGCUCGCCCCAGACUCUGGUCAAGCUGGAGCAGAGCCGCGCACGCCUCAUCCCCAUCAUCGUGCUGCUGCUGCAGAAGGCCUGGCGCGGCGCGCUGGCCAGGCGGCGUUGCCGGCGGCUGCGGGCCGUCUACACCGUCAUGCGCUGGUUCCGGAGGCACAAGGUGCGCGCUCACCUGGCAGAGCUGCAGAGGCGGUUCCAGGCCGCGAGGCAGCCCCCGCACUACGGCCGAGACCUCGUCUGGCCGCCGGCCCCUGCGGUGCUGCAGCCGUUCCAGGACACCUGCCGGGCGCUGUUCUGCAGGUGGCGGGCCCGGCAGCUGGUGAAGAACAUCCCACCUUCAGACAUGGCCCAGAUCAAGGCCAAAGUGGCGGCCAUGGGGGUCCUGCAGGAGCUACGGCAGGACUGGGGCUGCCGGCGGGCCUGGGUCAGGGACUACUUGUCCUCUGCCAUGGACAACCCCACAGCCUCGGGCCUGUUCGCUGAGCGACUGAAGGCACUCCGUGAGAAGGACAGCUUUGGGGCUGUGCUGUUCUCCAGUCACGUCCGGAAGGUGAAUCGCUUCAACAAGAGCCGGGACCGGGCGCUCCUGCUCACUGACCGGCAUGUCUACAAGCUGGACCCCGGCCGGCAGUACCGGGUGAUGCGGGCCGUGCCCCUGGAAGCGGCAGGGAAGGGCCCUGGAGGUCCGCGUCUCCGACUGCAUCCCCCUGAGCCAGCGCGGCGCCCGGCGCCUCGUCUCCGUGGAGCCCAAGCCCGAGCAGCCAGAGCCGGACUUCCGCUGCAGCCGCCGUGCCUUCACGCUCCUCUGGCCGAGCCGCUGACCCGUCCCGCCGCGCCCGGGCCGCCCUCCACGCCAGCCCCGCGCCGGACACCCGUGCGCUGUGCAAUAAAAGGUUCUGCGUCUGUGUCCUGCGAGACUUGUGCCUGUGGGUGGACAUCCGCACAGCGGCCAGCAACCUGGCAAAUGUCACGCCCGCGUCCUCUGCUGACCCCUGUGGGGUCACCCGAAGCGGAGGAGGGGAGGCCUGGGGGCCCAGUCUGGUGGGGCAGCAAGACCGCAUUCCCCCGGGGCCCCAGUCUAUGGACCAGCUGGCUGUGGAGCCCACGGUCCGAGAGGAAACGGUGCCCUUUAUGUCCCAGGCUGUUCCUUCCACGCUGAGGUCUCCCCCCGCCCCGCCCAUUUCCCUCCCCUAAGGCUCCUUGGCCACUGGGGAAGCUUGGGGGUCCCAGGGCCACCCUCGGGCAGGGCUCUGGCUGAGCACACACUGAGGCAGACGCUGUCCCAGCUGCUGGCUAUGUCCUUGCUGGGGGUGGGCAUCCCAGGCCCCAGGAACCCUACUUCUGGGACUCCUGAGCCAGGACCUCCCACAGUCUGGGACAGGACCUUGUGUCUGGGGGGUCUCAGGAGCCAACCAAAGGAAGGCCAGAGUGGACACAGCUCCACUCCCUCUCACCAGCAGCGUCCCUCCCCAGACCCUCUGCCUCGCAAUGCCCCAGCCCUGCCCGCUGCCCCAUCCUAGCACCCCCACUCACUCUCCUCACUCCAUAGGUGGCUCUUGGCUUUCAAAGCUGCUCCCUCCCUCCUGGGGCACGCUAAAUUUGGGUGGCAUCCUUGCCUGGUUGUGCCCUGUUGAAGUGGAGGGAGGUUGGCAGGUGUCCACCCCUUGAAGGGCUCACAGCUCCUGAGGCUUCCCCUGGUCACUGUCAACUUCCCUCUCCAGGGGGUUUGGUGGAGUCACCUCCUCCUGCACAGAGCCCAGCCUGGAGGCCCCUGGAGGCCCCCACAUAGCCCGCUCCAGUGUCUGUCUCCGGCACUGGGGGCCUCAGGACAAGCCAGCCAUUCUCUCGAAGAGGGUGCUCAGGUCCGCUCGGAUCUGGAGAUGCUAAGCUGCCCUAGACAGCAGGUGCUCCUGGCCCAUUGUAAAUUCCCUUUGCAGUAGGUGGCUUGCCAGAGGCUGUCAGCACAGCCUGCUCCCUUUCCAGAUUCUCCACGGCUGCCUGGCUGCCUGGCUGAGGGCAGGGCUUUGUGGAGCCCAGAGGGAGGAGCCUCACUGGGCAACGUUUGGGGAUCCUGCCCUGCUGGGGGACACUCCAUUCUGAAGGCCCAGAGCCAAACAGGGUUUCUCCAACGUCCAGAGAGAACUGUCAUGGCUGCCAGGCAGGUUCCUGGGGCUGUAGGAUCCUGAGAUCCCGUCAGAGGAGUUGAGUGAGAGGCCAGGAAGAGGAAGGAGCUAGAACCCCCUUAUUCAACCCUCACCUCACAUCAGUCUCUUCACAAACAUUAUACAUCACUCUACAAAUCCUUGUAUUUGUCAUAUAUUAAUCGCUUUGCAAAUUACACCUCAGCCCUCUUCCUGCCGGGUCAGUGUUAGCUUUAUCUUGCACUGUGACAGGUGGGAAAACAGGCUGUGUGAGUUGCCUGGGGCCAUUCGUGUGCUGGGUUAGGCAGAUUCAGGCUCACUGGCCCCACACCAACAGAGGCACUGGCUUUUAGAAGGGGACCGUGUCCUCAACGCUUGCUGCCUCAGUCCGAGUCCAGCUCUGCUCAUGAGCCCCCUCUGGCCUCUGGCGGAUGUCUUUGCCCAUGCAGGCUUCCCCGGAGUCUGGGCUGGCCCUGGGAGUGACUUUGAUCAGAAGGGGUGAGGCACUUCUGGGCCCAAGCCUUAAGAAGGCAGAGUGGGGGAGAGU